AUGGGAGCCGUGGGAUAUGGAAGGUGUAAUGAAAUCAAAGCAAGGUCCAAAACACUUUUAUUUGAAGCAAAGAAUGAAAAGGGAUAUCCUUCCCCAUUCCAGAAGCCACUGGAUUUGGCAGUUGAAUUUCCUUAUUUCAUUGGUGGGUUUACGUUGGCAGGGAAACAGGAUUUGAAACAUGUUACUCUUUUGGAAAAAAGGGUUUUUGCUGAAAGGUUUGUACAAGGCAAACUAUCACCAACACAAGAAAUUCGAAAGAAGCUCCCCCCGCCCCUUCGAUGCCUUGUCCUAUUAUUAUAUCGGGCUGUGGACAGUGAUUUGAUAGAGUAUGAAAAAGGUGGAGUUUUACAAGUGAAAGAUUUUGAAAGAAAAGCCAAAGAAGUGUGUGACAAUCUGGAUAGCUACAGCUCUGCCAGCCCUUUUCUGUGUAUGGAUCUCAGUUACAUUACAGCAUUAUUAAAAGAAGGUUUUGGAUUUGGAGAAAGUACAAUUUUACAGUUGGCAAAGAAAGUGAACAACAUUGAAACAAGCUGGGCUUUGGGUGCUACCUUUCACCUUCUUCAGUCCUUAGGACUCUCCCAUUAAGAAGAUGUCGCCUGUUGGAUGUUUGGUUUUUUUUUUUAAACAAUGGCAAUUCUGAUGAACUUACAGCCAAAUAUAGACCAAAGCAGAGGAUUCAGAUACCUUUACAAGUGGUUUUGUUCACUUCUGAGCUGCAACGAAACAGGGACUUUUAAGGUUGUAUGUGAUGCCACAGGGCCUUAAAACCAAUACUAUGGAAGGAGCCUAAGUACCUCUUUCAUCGAGUCAUUAACAAAUAUUUGCUGCUGUGGUUCUUGGACUACAGCUCUCAGAUCUCCCAACCAGAAUGGCCACUGGUUGGGCCUACUGGAUAUUAGUUCAAAAAAGUAAUCUUUCUGAACUUGGACACAAUGGUAUCAUAUAAAUGAAAGGUACUUGGCCUAAAGCACUGGGAGUUAUAGUCCCAAAAUGUUAAAGUUUCCGAGCUGUGCAAUACAUCCAAAAUACUGGUUUUACUUUACACUUUUUUACAGGAUUUCUUGGACAUGAAACUGUUAAUGGUGCAAAUCUAGAUAGAAGCUUAGCUGAAUGAGUUGUUUUUAAACAACAUAACUGAAGUGUGCUAUUUAUUUUCCCUGUAGUCUUUUUGACAGUCUAGAAGGUAAGCUUUUACGUUAGCUGGUUCUUAACAAGUGCUAUGCAAAAGUGUUAUAGGACUUUGAGCUUUUGGUUGAGCUAUAGGAAAAGAUAGUCACUGAAAUUGACUUGUUAACCUCUAUAGCUCCCUGGUACAAGUCAUAGUGGAGAGAAAGCUUUAAGAAUUCUGUUAAGAAAUGUUCCAUAUGUCUCCCUUUCACUUCUAUAAAGUAAAACCUACCCUAGACAAAGAAUCUCUUGGAGAUUAAGCCACAACCCCUUUGUCUAAUUCCAGAAUUAUUUAGCAUAAAUUGUCUAGGUACCCUAAGCAUCCAGUUGAAUAGGAAGAGACUUUGAUUUACUUCACAGCUAUCGCCCCCAAAAAUCUACAUCAGAGUGGUGCAGUUCACUGGAUUCUAAAAUGUAGUUAUAGAUGUUCAGUCUAAUGCGCUGUUUCUUAGAAAAAUCCUUAAGAAUCCAUUUUACCAGGACAUCUCCUCAAACUCCACAAAUAUAAAUCAGUGUCAUUAUGCAAUAACUAAAUGUUCCAUUUUGGGACUGUUCAGAUACACCAGUAUGAUAUUAAUAUCUGCUAAAGAGCAUUUGCACAAAAAUGUGAAGAUGUAGUGAUAACCAAUACUAGUCUACAUUUUUGCCCAAGUGCUCUUACUGUAUGUUGAAUGCUAUAUUGGUAGUGUCUACAUAAUACAAUGCAGUCCUAUGCUUGUUUAACCUGAAAUAGGUUUAGCAUUCAGUGGGGCUUACUUCCAAGUGAGUACACAUAGGCUUGUACCUUUGUUUGGUGCCUUGAAUAGGACAUUACUCUGCCUGUUUCAUAUUGGAUUAUGAUUCAAGUCUUAAAUUUAUACUGUCCCAUCUGUUUUUAGAUAUUAGUAUUACAGUGAUUCAGGGCCCUUUUUUUUUUACACCAGAAUGUGCAAGACAGAGCUGUUUCUCCUGCUCUUAUUUUCUAGUCUACUGUGGUAGUAAAGAGGUUGGCAAAUUGGAAGUAUGCUGUUUGCUCAUAGAGCAACACUGUUUUGUUAAAACACAUCAUAACGUCAUCCUCUCCAUAACCUCAUCUGUAAACUCAGGCACAUAUUUCAGCUUUUGAGCAAUGUACCAAAGUUAAUCUAAGUUUGGCAAAUUCAGGGCCUUUAUCAAGUUAUGUAGCAAGUAUUUCAAUAUAUGAGUAACCUCUAUUGCUAAUUAAGAGACCACGUCUAUAUUCAUUAUUCAAACAAAUUUGAACAACAAUGCAAAAUCAACAGUUGUUUUUCGCCCCAGUCAACCCAAUUAUUUAUGCAAAUGUCUUGCUUCCUUAAGUACUUGCACCUUUUCCAGUGGAAGGAGAUAAUACACUUUCGUUUAAUGAGCUACACCGAAUGGCCUUAUUGAAAAGUGUCUAUCCUAUAUGAUUGGUGCAGGAAGAGUUAACGAAGCAAACACCUUGAAGCAUUAAAUUAAAUAUUUUCCCUUAAAAAUCAGAAGUGAAAGCAAAUAUUUGGUGUUUUGUUAGCCUAAAGUAUGUACUUAUUGCUGGUACAGUAGCUUGAAAGGACAUUUAUUGUGGUUUAGCUUAAAUCUGUUAAAUGAAAUUAAGCUAAACUAUAAGCAGACUGAGCCCCUCCUCUUAAAUAAAUGUCCACAUAUGUAGCACUGUGGGGCAAGUUGUGUACUGAUAAACUUUAGAAUAUCAUUCCAUUCAUAUGUUGUUCUGAAAUUAGUUAAUUGUAAGAGGAUGACCUAAAUGUCCUUAUACAUUAGCGGUGUUCAUGUUACUUAGUGCUGUAAUGCAGUUAAGUGGAUACUGUCAGGUGCAGCUAUAUGGUACAUGAAUAAGACAGGACAAUUUUGAAUGUCUAUUUUAGUAAUUAAAAUAAAAUUUUAACAAUG